AGGAAGACACGCUGCUCUGCACACUCUGCACUGCGCCAGGACAGACACCAUCAUGGCUCUUAAUGUUCCAGGACUUGUAGCCACCAUCAUAUUCUACCUUCUGGUGCUGGGAAUUGGUAUAUGGGCUUCCAUGAAAUCCAAACGGGACAGGAACAGGACGCAGGCCAACCAUGCAGACAUGGCGUUGCUGGGAGACAGAAAGAUAAGCUUGGUAGUCGGCAUCUUUACCACAACUGCUACCUGGGUUGGCGGGACUUUCAUCAUCGGCACAGCUGAGACAGUGUAUGAUCCAAAGUUGGGACUGAUUUGGGCUGUGAUGCCACUGGCAGCAACGUUGGCCUUUAUUCUUGGUGGUCUUUUCUUCGCUGAGCCAAUGAGAGACAGAAAGUAUGUGACCAUGAUGGACCCUUUCCAGAUCAAGUAUGGACACGGACUGACUGGACUUCUGUCCGUGGCACCGCUGUUGUCAGAAAUCAUUUGGGUGACAUCAACGCUGAUAAGCUUGGGUGUAACCAUGAGUGUGAUCCUUGAUUUGUCCUACGCUGUGUGCAUCUGGAUUUCUGCUGCUGUGGCCAUCACCUACACCCUGCUGGGAGGUCUCUACUCUGUGGCCUACACAGACAUCAUACAGCUCACUCUAAUAUUCAUCACCUCGUGGCUGUGUGUACCUUUCCUCCUAAUGAGCCCCACCGCUGUUGACAUCACCACCACAUCUUUCAACCACACCUUUCAGGCUCCUUGGGUUGGCACUGUGACUGCAGACAGAGCCUGGAGGUGGAUCGAUAUCUUUUUACUCCUGAGUGUAGGAGACCUUGGUUUCCAGGAUUUCCACCAAAGGACGUUAUCAGCCUCUUCCUCAAGAACAGCCAAGCUGCGAUGUUACGCUGCGGCAUUCCUCAUCCCCACGUUUGGAAUUCCUCCUGUGCUCAUUGGUGCAGUGGCUGCAUCGACAGACUGGAACCUGACCUCGUACGGUUCUCCAUCUCCGUUUGAGCAAGGUCAGACGGGUCUGAUUCUACCCCUCUCCCUGCAACACCUAACACCCCCCUACAUCUCCGUCGUCGGCAUCGGAGCCGUGGCUGCCGCCGUGAUGUCAUCAACCGACUCUGCCCUGCUGUCUGCAGCCUCCAUCUUCUCCUCAAAUAUCUACAAGAAGAUCUUGAGGACCAAGGCUUCAGAGAAUGAGAUUGGGUGGGUGAUUCGCAUUGCUGUGGUUUUAUUUGGCCUUGCUGGUACGUCGCUCACCUUUCUGCACACUGGUGUUAUGGCUUUCUGGGUCCUGGGUGGAGAAAUCGCCUACAUUAUCAUGUUCCCACAGCUGGUCUGCGUGCUCUUUUUCAACAUCUCCAACAGUUACGGUGCCACCAUGGGAUUCUUUCUGGGUUUCUUUGUAAGACUUUUGUGUGGAGAGCCCUUGAUAAGGCUACCACCUGUCAUCCAUUUCCCAGGAUGCAUCCUCGAAGACGGGGUUUACGUUCAGUAUGCCCCUGUCAAGACCAUCUGUAUGCUGGUUUCUUUUGCAACAAUUCUGUUGGUCUCCUAUCUGGCUUCUCUGCUCUUCAACAGAGGACUCAUGCCUGAGAAGUGGGACGUGUUUUUAGUUAAAGUCCAGCACCCGUCACCAAGACCAUUAGAAACACCAUCAUUACAAACGAACGAUACCAAGAGCAAUGGAACUCACAACUCACAACCUCUGAGUGAGAAUGGGGAUGUCUUGGAUCCAAUGUUGGAAUCAACUUGUUGAAAUGAAUCGAUCAUGAUCAAACAAAAUGUAACUACCUCUCCUAACAACAUACACCUCAUGAUGGGGGAAAAAAAAGGUUGAUGCAACAAUGGACUUGUUUUUCAAACAGUUGGAGGAGCUAGAUAAUGAACUCCAUUGUGUCACGUGGAGAAUGAUGAACAUAAAAGAAGAUUGAUACCAAAAUUCUAAAUUGUGAACAUAAAUCUGUAUUAAACAAGUUUCAGCAUCUCAUAGGAUAGACGAGUUCUAAAGGAUGUUUUAUGCAUAUUUAUGCUUAUUUAAAUGACCAAAAAACCCAAUUUGCAUAUGAGCAAUACUUCAUAAGUUAUUUAAGAAAAUAUUUUUUUACAAUGGAUAACAUGGAAAUGUUGAUAGAAAUACUUUGGCGCUUGGACAGAAUAAAUCCCGCCCGAGACAAUGACAGCUCGAGAAUGACAGCGGACAAGUGAGUGAGCGUGCAAAAGAGCAAUUAUAUAGUCUUCCUGACUGAAGUUACGCAAGAGCUUCAAUUUCGAUAGUAACGUCACAAAGGAAGUUGUCAAACUAUCUGACAAAUUUGGCCAAAAAGAAAACCCCUCUGUGAGGACCCAACAGUACACUGUGAGGACACACUGGGAUUAACCAAGCAGCCACGGCGGUCUACAACACAUGCAGCCACAAACAAAAGACUCUUAAGCGUAUGAUGAAACAACUUACCAAUGAAGUUUUCAUCAUAGACUGUAAAUAUUACAGUUUUACAGGUUUUCAUCAGCACUGUUACUUUCCUGCACGGAGCUAGCUGGGUGCUCCUCGCUAACAUGUUUAUUUGCUUGGCUAGUAGCGUUUACGUUAGUGGAGCUAUUAACGGGAGGAGACUUGCCAGGUUGAGUUGUCAAUGAGAAAAAGUUUUUUUUUUUUUUUUUUUUUACACUUUUAAUGUUAUGAAAAACUGCAAGGUAAACAGAAAUAAAGCAGACAGACGACUAGGCUUUUAAAACUCCAGACAGCAGCGGGGGCCCAGCAAAGGGGGUGCUAAGGGGUGGAAUCAAUGACAUUACAAACAGGCCUUGCUGGUGCUGUUUGCUGCCGAAGUUGAGAACCCUCUUGGCAGUGGAGGGGGGGCCCCUCUCUGCUCUACAAAAUACAUUGUGUGUCUUGAUUGCGGCAAAAGAAAAUAGAGACUCAGACCUAGUCAAACCAAAUUUAUUCGGAAAUUCAACUAAAUAACAAAAUGCAUGUUAAAUUUGGCUCAAAGUGGGCCCCUUGAGACAACAGUGGGCCCGGGGCGGCCGCAACUUCUGCCCCCACACUCGCUCCGCUACUGAUUAUGGGGCUGUUUGGGCUGAGUAAGUGCACAUGUCUUUAAGGCCGUACGAUGUUCUAUGAAGUUUGCUGCCUCUUUCUUUUUCCAGCUUGCCUCUGUUGCCUUUACACACUUGAAUGUGUACAGUGUUCUGGUCUAUUAAUAAAUCCCUUCUGAAGCCUUACUCUCACAGUGUCAAUAAAAGAGAAACUAGCACAUUGCUAGUGCCUUGGAA